CGUCCUUCUCAUCAUCGUUUCCGUCGCACAUUCGACGUCUGACCAUGCACCUCACGCCCUUCUCGUGUCUCCCUCUCGCUGCAGCCGCCGCCUUGUGCGCCUCCCUUGUCCAUGGCUGCAGUGACUUCCUCUUGAACUCGACGACAUACGUCGUGUCUGCUCGGACUAUGGACUUCAAGAUCGACCUGCGCACCCUCGUGGAAAUCGUGCCGCGCAACACUCUCAUCCAAGAGCUCAUUGUCGAUGAAUGCACUGAUUGCCCCGACUACUCAUGGCGAACCAAGUAUGGCUUUGUGGGGCUCAACACGCUGGGCAUCAACGCGGCCGCGGACGGGCUGAACGAAAAAGGGUUGGCGGCCGGCUACCUGUUCCUCACCGGAUCCGAAUACCCCGCAGUAGACGUUGCCGAUGCCGCCAUCCACCCCAUCAUCUCUUCGUUCGUCACGUACAUUCUGGGCAAUUACGCGACGGUCGACGAAGUUAAAGCGGGUCUACCCAACCUCCAAUUGCGCGGCUUCGACGGCAAGCUCCAGGCACUGACCACCCCUGGCCUUACCGUAUUUCUCAAAUUUCCCUUGCAUUUGCCCAUUCACGACGCAUCGGGCAAGUCGAUAGUGGUUGAAUUUAUCAAGGGCAAACUCCACAUGUACGACAACCCCGCCGGCGUCCUGACCAACGACCCGCCAUUCUUAGAGCAAUUGGCUCUGGUUGCUCACCACGACAACACGGUCACUGGGACUCAAGACUUGACCUUUCAAGGCGGCUACAGUCCGAUUGAACGCUUUCAGCGCCUGACGUUCUUGAACCGACAUGGCGCGGCUGCGUUCUUGCCCAACACGAGCUACAGCGUGGCCACGCCGGACCAAGCGGCCGUGUCCGCCGCCGUGCACAUCAUCAACACAGUCACGAUUCCCACGGCAUAUCUUGGAGGAAGCGGCGCGACGCAAUACACCCUCGUGCGCGACCACGUUGCCCGGGUGUUGUACUUUCGAUCGAAUGAAAACCAAGUGUUGCGUAGCAUCGACCUGACCAAGAUCGACUUUGGGGAUCCCACCAACCGCCGUGCGUUGAGCGUCAACUUUGGCAACUGGCACGUCGACGUCACGGUGGAUGCGCUGCAGUCGACGGCGCGUUCGGCAGAUGUCCCCCCUCGCUCGGUCGUCCAAGGCUUGUUGCAUGGUGACGUGUCUGCGACGACGCUCGAGGUUGCGGCGACUGCUGCAUCGACAGGUAGCUCGUCAUUUUGGGUCGGCGCAAGUGUGGGGGUAGUGGGGACUGCCCUUGUAGCCGCAUUUGUGCUGACACAGCAACGCAAACGGACCGAGGAGUAUACCCCCUUGGUGUAACGUUAAUCAUGGCACGCAAGUGCAAUGCCGUUUCGUCGAGGCGAUUUGGACGAACGUUAGCUCAACAUAUCUUACCAACGUCAAUUUGAAUGUCCUUGUCGUGCAUAC